AUGUGGGGGCGCGAGGUGUGCGCACGCAUCGCAGAGGCGGGUUUGCCGGACGCGGCCGUAAAUCGCGCUAAUACGGCGCCGUCGCUCGCCGCGUCGACAGCGACCAUAAAUCUGCGGGGCGCGCGCCCUGCGCCCGGCCUGUGGCCCACCUCUGCGAGGAGAAAGUGGCGCAUCCCCACAACACCUGUCCGCAAGCUGGCUAGCUGUAGUCCAGCGGCGGUGGAGGCGGUGGCGGAAUGCGGCGCCGUAUUGGGGGCGGGUCGGUAUGUCGGCUGCCGCCUCCCCGGUCCCAGGAACGCUCAGAAUGCCCACGCGGCGGGCAGCGGUCUGGCAAAGAAGCGACUGAGCUGGCGGAAAAGCAGCUCACGACCAGGCGCUCUUGCUCACGACCGCUGCGGGGCAAAAUACCUGCCGCAAAAAGCAGCCAUUGUAUUCUGCACCGCGGGUGAGUUGUAUGCAGUUCCUGGUGUUAACCGUCGCUGUAUGUUCUUGCUGCAUUCAGCUGCAGCUGAGGGGCCCCCGCCGACGCGCCCUGCAGUGUCCGGGACAGGGACGGGCCAGCGUGUUUACGCCGCCAUGCAGCUCCCCACCCCACUACUGAGGGUGGGGGCGCUCUGUUCUGCUGCACUGUGCGGAGGGCGUGACCAGUCCGCAGGCCGUCAGCUGCAGCUGGCGCGGGGACAGCUGCCGCUGAUGACGUCGCAGCUGCCGCUGGCGGUUAUAGCCGGCCGUGGGGCGAGGGUGGAAACCUACCAUCACACCCACCCCCUCAAAGGCCGCGGCGCUGUGGCACUGACCACCGCAGCCGGUGAUAACCUGAACAAACGCGCGCCCACACCACACCACAGGGUCCCAGAUAAGGCUGGGGCCGACCACACGGCGGCGGCGGCGGCGGCGGCGGCGGCGGCGGCGGCGGGCCAUUCGUCUCACGGCCUCCUCGCGCUCGCAUGUGCGCCACUGUGCGAUAGCGGGGGCGUGUGGGCGGGGGCGGGGGACGGGGUGGGUGUGGGGGCGUGGCCAAGGCGCGUAAUCACGCAGACAAAUGAAAGCAGCGCCAGGUGCGACUCACGUGACCAGAGCUCGACGGCUCUUCAGGGACGCGGUGGACGGUCGAUCAGCUCGGCACCUCACGCUUGGUGUGAAAGAAACCACAAGCACAGACGAAAUUCGGGAUACCUGAUGUAUGGCUUUGAGCACUAUUGGACUUUAUAA